UUUUUUCAUUAGCCUUUUCAAGUGUGCGCCUCGAAGGAGGUUGAAAGGCAUUAUUCAAAUGCUUUCUACUCGUAGCAUUUCCAGUAUCGUAUAACGACGUCCCAUGAGCAACUUAUUUUGCUACCGAGUUUCCCAAGAGCUUUGCCGCCUCCUAUUGUGCUGACCAUGAACGGACCGCCAAACGACAAGAAUCUCUCUCUCUCUCUCUCGGGAAGAUAAUCCCGGAUACGAAAAGCCGGGUAUUUGUUGUUGGUGAUCGUGAUCGGUGAAAAAUUGUCCGAAGUUUGCAGUUUCCAGCUCGAUGGCGUUCACAUACUACUUGGCGAGCAGUUCGUUGUUCAGUUAGGUUUCUUCUCUCAUUGCAUUUCCAAACCUCAGAACAAAGCUUUCAUUUUUGUGCCGCACUGAAUUAUGUAAUAAGGAUUAGAAUUAGCAUCCUACUGCGCCGGCACAGCGGUUCGGUUCGAUUGAUGGGUUAAUGGAAACGAUGGUUCAGUGAACAUGGUAUAUUACUCUGAUGGGCGUAUGAGAAUUAUGUAAAUAGUCUAUUACGAGACCAACCCAUAAAGCUCAAAGCUUUUCCAUCGCAGCUGUUCCAUAAUGGUGGAAGUUAUGAUUUGUAAUAAGAGUAUUAGGAGUCUCUUCGAUUUUUAAAGCACAUUUCAUGUGGAUAUAUUUUUUAUAAUAGGAAAAACUGUCGAAAAGAUUAAAGAAUAUUGGAAAAAUAUUGGAUUUCCAUUCGGAUGUAAAUUAUUCUACUUUAUCCCCUUUAUUUCAUUACUUCAAUUUUUUCUUUAAAUUCAUUAGUUAGCCAUAGCCGGAUAGUUAGUCUUGUUUCAAGGAACGAACGGUACAAUUUUUAUCCAAAUACAAAUUUUUAUACUUAGUCACCAGUUACAACCUGAUUGCUUUAUUAUUUAAUAGCUGUGCGUUUUAAAAAAAACUUGGCCAAAAUGUUGGCUAAAUGCCUACAAGAAAUUGUAAAGGAAAGGCAAGAAAAUAUUACACAAAAUACGUACAUUAGAUAAUAAAUACUUAUAUCAAGCUACGGGUUAAUGAAUUCAAGGAAAGUGCCACAAAAUAAAGUAGAAGAAAUUUAUCUUUACUAUGUACGGCGAGUAUUCAGUUCUUGGUACCAAAUUUCUAACGAGAUUCGAUCAACGACCUUCGUUCGUAUAAGCGUAUGCCUUCCCGGGAAUGGAAUAUAUUAUUCAACCUGAUAUUCUGUACCAAAAUUUCAUCCAAAAAAAAGGUUCUAACUAACGUCCAUGAAGUGCUCUACCUUCAUUUGUCAACAUAUGGAUUAUCUAAUAAUACGAUACAUUUAUCGUCCAAUUGUAAGACAUCAUUAUUAAAAAUUAGUUCAACAUUUUCCCAUAAAAAAAAUCGCCGAAAUUGACCUAUGAUUAUCUUGUUUGUGAAUGUUGUUUCGUAAAGAGUAUGCAGCACUCGUCCUUACAGCAGAUGAAACAUCCGCCAUCAUCGCCAGCUGCAAUCUUUCCGCCUUGGUUGGUUCUAAUCCAACUCAAGUGUCCUCAAAUAAAACGAGGGGAGUAAGUUGCUUCGUUCGUUCAAAACCAGUUGAGCAAUUGCCAUUUAAUUAUCAACCACAGAAAAUCAUGAGAAACAAAUUGGUGGCUAAAAACGGUGCAGAAAACGAAGAGAAAUCGCUUCAAGCCUGUCUGGGCAAAAGCGAGUCCUUCGUCCUUCAUUUUCAGGUCUAGUAGAAAAGGAAGAUGAACAGAAGAGGGAACGUUUCGUACCAAUACGGAUACCCCGUAGGGAAACAGCCGUUUGAAUGGCACGCUCCUGCCAUUGGUAAAAUGGGAGGAGUUUACGGCACCUCAGGCAGCUUCCGAUCCUUGCACGAUGGGCAACAGGACUUGCAAAUAUUUGGACAGGGAUUCAAUUUCAACCAAAACAAUACCCAGUGUAUGUCCCGUUCGGAAAAGGGAGGGCUACACAAACGGUUGCCACACAGAAGGGAAGAACAUAAAAAGGAUGUGAUCGAUUGCUACCGGUGUUCAGUGUGUGAUCGGUGCGCUAAAGGACCAGACCAGGAUAUCCAGAGCAUCGCGUGUAAUGGCGGCUUCCAGUUGCAAGAGUGUAGCUCCUUUGCGGCAAAGUGAUUUCAGUAUAGAGCAUAUCCUAACGCGUGCCGGUGAACGGUACAGCAAAAGGCGCAAGUUAGCCAGUUCACCGAAUUGUCGAAAUUGUUUUACGAAUAGCCCGGGAAGUGAUCGUAGUGAUGAAGGCGAUGUGGAUGAUGUUGGCCGGUUGCGUGAUGAAACUGGCACGGAAGCGGACGAAGAACUUGAUGAAGAAAUUGACGUAGGACAAACGGUCCGAUCGGAUUCUGGAUUUUUACCGACGGCUCCCGGUUGCAGUAUGCCCACGUUUGAUUGGCUAUACUACACCCGGUACCAUCCACCAAAGUUGCCACGUCCUCAGAAAUCGGGUCCCGUAAAGCGUACUCCUGGACGCUUACCACGUGUACCAUUUACCCCGGCCCAACUGAGUGCAUUAGAGGACGCAUAUAAAGUAUCCACCUACCUGAGUUCCGAGGAAGCAAAUCAGCUAGCGUACAGCCUAGAGUUGACCAAUACGCGUGUGAAAAUUUGGUUCCAGAAUCGGCGUGCCAGGGAUCGUCGAGAAAAGCGAGAAGCGUCGCUUGCCACCGGUGGCAGCAACUAUACGGAUCCACCUCUCAGUUUGAUGCCACUUUGUGCCGGUAGUUCAUCAACGAUGUUGCAGACGAAUGUUAUACACAGCAAUUCUGGAACUGGUAGUCAUCCGUCUUCUCCCUCUAGUGUAGAAGCGACCGGUAGUCGACUGAGCAGAAGUCCUACAACCGAUCGAAGCUACUAG